AUGGCGAACGUGGCUGAUUUUGACCUUCUCAAGAACACUCACGUCGAUAUAGGGGACCUCCUGUGGACCAAACCGGAAUAUCGAGAUGCCAUGCGUCUCCAUUUUGGUCUCCUUCGUGCGCAUGAGGAGAAAACUCAUUGUAAUGUUGAGAUAAAGCGUCUGGUAACAUUCAUGAUUGAUGACCACGCUGACUACCAGGUUGCCAUCAGAAGGUCGGAAUUAACGGACCCCGAUCUUGCCGCCGAGUUACGAAGGCAAUCCCAGUAUAGAUCACAGCUACAUGGCCAGAUAGCAGAACACCUUGCUCUCACGAGUAAACUGGAGGGCUUUACUGGUACAUUAUUACCUGGAAAGCAGAAUGGAAGGGAUUCCGCCAUUACGCUUUCUGUCCCACUGCCGUCAUGGUCAACUGAAGUCCUCGGAAUCUGGAGGGCUUCUGAUGGAACCUAUAGAAGCAUGUUCAUCCGACCAAACGAGACUGAGAGAAGCCAGCUUGCUCAGCAGGAGUUUGCCCAUCGCAACGUAAAUGAGGGUGGAAUUCUGAAGCUCAUGGAAUGGUUGGAUUUGAAUUAG